ACGCAUCGUGCAGCCUGCUAGGCUAUUUGCCAAAUCCAGGGGAUCCGAUUGAACUAGAGAGCCACCAAAACCGGACAGAAACAAGAGCGAGCAGUCCCUCCUUGGGUAUCUUUGUCUUCAGGCAUCGCCACAUGCAGAAAGAGUCCCUGGACCGGUUCAACCAGAUAGUCAUCUUUCUGACCCGAAAUGCAUGCGGUGGUGAUGCUCACACCACCUCGUGCUCUACGUGGCUCCAACAGUAUUCCUCCAAGAAGGGCGGAGGAAAUGAGGGGAUGAGACGAUUGAGCUUGCCUUUGAAGACGACAUUGUGAGAUAGUAUAUAUCAGCCCUCAUGGGACGCCUUUGGUGCUUCUGAAAUCUCUCACCAUCAUCUUGAAAUUUCUCCCGAAGUCCUCCGCUCGCUCGAAGCCCUAAUUCGAGUAUUCAAAUUCAAACCAAGCCCAUCGAGCCUUCGAAACCCCGUUUCCUCACCCAAUCAACCAAGAUGUCUGCCAACCCAAACAUGGUGAACGCCAAGCAGCCCGUGGUGGUCUCGAUCCCUGCGGAGGCGAAAAUCGGUAUUACUGGCACAACAAACGCGGACUAUCACCAACGGGUCACGGUCAAGGAUGUCACCGGAACGACCCAGUAUGUCUUCCAAGGAAACGGCGAGGGGAAGCCGUUGACCCUGCACGGAGGAAGCGACAACUCGCGAGUCAGCCUCGAGCCCAUCACCGGCAGUCGAAUGCGCACGUUGGCCAUCAACUUUGAGCACUCCAGCGAGGGCCCAACCGGUACCUUUACCGACUCACUGGCCCUGAACCCGACAACUCAAACUGUUCACGAUGCGGGCUACAACGUCAAGAGCAUGUCCUGGGAGAUCGCCAGUGAAGACAAUGUUGAUAUGGACUACAACGACGCCAUCAUUCGCAUCGUCGCCGACUUCCCUUGAGCAUGAUGGAGAAUAAGUCGAGCCAGAGGUCUGGGCAAAUACAAUUGUGUUGGAUCGGAGACGUAGUGAGCCUGAUAAUAUCACAUUUUAAUCCUAGUAGUACUAGUCAAUCAAACCCUCUAUAUUCUCAACAUUCUGUCCUCGAAACGUACUGUAGACGAGACAGGGCUGGAAGCCC